CUUGUUGCUGCUGCUGCUGCUGUUGGAGGAGGAGGAGGAGGAGGGGGCUGGUCUCAUAAACACAGACAGAGCCGUUUGUUUUGGUUCGGGGCUUUUCACGGGCGGGAAGAAGGGAGGAGGAGGAGGAGAAGGAGAACGAGCGAGAGCGGGAGGGAAAAAAAAAGAUAAAAGUCUGUGGCGCUGCAGCUCCUGCAACACCACCAGCGGCGCCACUACUACCAGCAGCCGCCGCUCGACGAGGAGGCUCCCCUCGGUCGCCCGCGCCUCCCGGGUCCCACUCGCGGCGUCUUCAUUCUGGGGUGCCCGAGGAGGCGGCGUAGGGGUGGGCGGUGCAGGAGGAAGGGGCGCUCCUGCCGCCGCCGGCGCCGCUGCUGCCCUCCCGGACUUUGGCGAGUGGAAUGAAGAAGAGGCGAAGAAGGUGGAAGCCGCCGCCGCCGCCGUCGUCGUCGCCGCGAGGAUGUGCCUCUUCUCCGUCCGCCUCCCCUCGGGCAGCCGCUUCCCCUCGCUCGCCCUGCUCUCGCCUCGGCGGCCGCCCGCUUCCCUUCGCCGCUGUGGAAAAGAGGCCCCUGCCCUCUCCUUAACCAGACGGGACUGACGGGGGUCGCCGAAGGAGUCUCCGCCUGGCACGAGCGGCAGCCCCCGCGCGGCUCAUUUGGGGGAAUCUCCUGGUUGGCGUGUGCGUGCGUGCGUGCGUGUUUGGGUUCGGGUUCUCCCUGCAGCCCGCCAUCCCCACGCCAAGGAUCUUUGCAUUGACUUUUUUAUAUAUAUAUUUGGCGGGGAAGAAAACAAAAGUAGUUUGUGUCGCGCGAGCGGACUGGCUUUCUCAUCAUCAUCAUCAUCAUCAUCCUCCCCACCAUGGGGUUAUUAUUGUUGUCGUUCUUGUGAUGUUCCGAAAGGGUGGCCUGCGAUCGGCGAAGACUUCUUCUGGUUUUUUUCCCCCUGCAAAAUAAAUCCUCCCCUCUCACCGACCCACCCGCUGCGUGCCUCCCUCCCAAGAGGAUAAUUUCGUCGGCGUCUGAAAUUGGCUCCUUGCUGGAGGGGUAACGUGAGAAGGGGAGGUGGCGAUCCGUUUUGGAGAGCAGCGGCGGGGGAACCCCAUCCUGCUCCCCUCGCGAGAGGAAUUUCCACCCCGUAUGGAUGAAAUGAUGCCCUUCUGCUGCCCAGCGGCUGCUGCUCCUACCAGGCUUUCCUGGGGCUUCAUGGGUACUGGACUUUUGAAAGCCACGUUUCUCCUACCGAGGGUGAUUUGGAAAUAAAACAGCGACCCAAACUCUUGCUUCUGUAGCUGGAAGAAAGCUCUGGUGGCUGAACAGCUGUUCUCUGCCUGCCGCUUUCCCCCCUUCUCCUUUCCCAUUUUGGAAAAGGAACCCAGAGCUGUUUUAAGGGGUUGUCUUUAACUUAAUUUAUUUUUUUUGGGGGGGUUGGGUUGUUUGUUUUUGGUUGCUGCUGCAUGAAUUAUAUUGUGGACUGCUACGUUGGUUCUUUUUGCUCCAUUUGUUUUGCUGCUCCGUUCUGCUGAUUUGGAAGCUGCCGCCCCUCUGCAAAAGAGGAGCUGCAUCAACGCCUCUCUUUUUUCCAGCAUGGCGAGCCCCACGGAUCAUAACGAGGGCUUCUUCUCGGAUGUCAGGAAGGUGGGUUACUUGCGCAAACCCAAGAGCAUGCAUAAGCGCUUCUUCGUGCUGAGGGCAGCCAGCGAGUCGGGGCCCGCCCGGCUGGAGUACUACGAGAAUGAAAAGAAAUGGAGACACAAGUCGGGAGCCCCCAAACGCUCUAUCCCGCUGGAGAGCUGCUUCAACAUCAACAAGAGGGCAGACUCCAAAAAUAAGCAUCUGGUGGCUCUCUAUACCAAGGAUGAGCACUUUGCUGUCGCUGCUGACAGUGAGCCUGAGCAAGAGAGCUGGUACCAGGCGCUGCUACAGCUGCACAACCGGGCCAAGAGUCAUCACCAUCAGCACCACCACCACCACCACCACCAUGGGGAUGUCAUGGUGGGAGGUGGGAGUCUUGGAAUGGGAGAGGCAGGGGAGGAUAACUAUGGAGACGUGGCUCCUGGUCCAGCAUUCAAAGAAGUUUGGCAAGUGAUCCUGAAACCCAAGGGUCUGGGCCAGACUAAGAACCUGAUUGGCAUAUACCGCCUGUGCCUAACCAACAAGACCAUCAGUUUUGUCAAGCUGAACUCCGAUGCAGCGGCUGUCGUGUUGCAGCUGCUCAACAUCCGGCGAUGUGGCCACUCAGAGAACUUCUUCUUCAUUGAGGUGGGGCGCUCUGCAGUCACUGGGCCAGGUGAGUUCUGGAUGCAGGUAGAUGACUCAGUAGUAGCACAGAAUAUGCAUGAGACUAUUUUGGAGGCCAUGCGGGCCAUGAGUGAGGAGUUUCGGCCCCGGAGCAAAAGCCAGUCUUCUUCCAACUGCUCCAAUCCCAUAUCUGUGCCUCUCCGCAGCAGGCAUCACAUUAACAACCCACCACCCAGUCAGGUGGGGCUCAGCCGUAGGUCCAGGACUGAAAGCGUGACUGCCACAUCGCCUGCUGGUAGUGGAGUGGGAGGUGGAGGAGGGACAGGGGGCAAGCCCAGUUCUUUCCGGGUCAGAGCCUCCAGUGAUGGAGAAGGAACCAUGUCCAGGCCAGCUUCAGUGGAUGGCAGUCCAGUGAGUCCAAGUGCCAGCCGGACCCAUUUGCACCGGCAUCGUGGCAGUUCCAGGCUUCAUCCUCCUCUCAACCAUAGCCGCUCCAUCCCAAUGCCUUCCUCCCGCUGUUCUCCAUCUGCUACAAGCCCUGUCAGCCUGUCAUCCAGUAGUACCAGUGGGCAUGGCUCCACCUCUGACUGCCUCUUUCCACGUCGCUCCAGUGCUUCAGUCUCUGGCUCUCCAAGUGAUGGGGGCUUCAUCUCCUCUGAUGAAUAUGGAUCUAGCCCCUGCGACUUCCGCAACUCCUUUCGCAGUGUUACCCCUGAUUCCCUGGGACACACCCCACCAGCCCGGGGGGAAGAGGAACUCAGCAACUACAUAUGUAUGGGAGGCAAGACAGCCUCGUCCUGCUGCAGUAUCACAGCUCCUAAUGGUCAUUUCACUCCCCGCGCUUGCCAUCCUCAGCAGCAAAACCGCUAUCCUGGUGCCUCGUGCUGCUCCCGGCUUGGUAGUGAGGAUCUGGGUGAUCUGGAGAAAGGCUUCAGGAAGCGGACACAUUCAGCAGGUACCUCCCCUACCAUCUCCCACCAGAAGACUCCCUCGCAGUCCUCAGUGGCUUCCAUUGAAGAGUAUACCGAAAUGCUCCCCUCGUAUUCCGGUGGUGGUGGUGGUGGUGGUGGUGGUGGUGGCAGGCUCUCUUCUUAUCGACAUUCUGCUUUUGUGCCAACACAUUCAUACCCUGAGGAAUGUCUAGAGAUGCAGCGGGCAGAGGGCAACCACCACCGGUCCAACUCUACCCCACACAUGGAUGAUGGCUAUAUGCCAAUGUUGCCAGGAGUGGCACCUGUCCCCAGUGGUGGCAGUACUCCUAAAGGUGGGGAUUAUAUGCCCAUGAGUCCUAAGAGUGUGUCUGCCCCACAGCAGAUCAUCAACCCUGGGAGAGGAGGGCGGCACGUGCAAGCCAUGGUCGACUCCAACGGCUACAUGAUGAUGUCUCCAAGUGGCAGUUGCUCUCCAGACAGCGGUCCCACUGGGUACAGCAAGCUAUGGAUGAAUGGUGCUAAUCAUCAUCCCAAACUCUCAGUGGAGAGCAAUGAGGGGAAGCUGCCAAGUGGUGGCAGUGAUUACAUCAACAUGUCUCCAGCCAGUGGUUCUGCUACCAGCACCCCUCCAGAUUGCUAUUUCACCAGCUCAGGACCCCCAGGCCCGGAAGAGACAUCUGUGCAGGGUCCCAGCCAGUCAUACCACAAGCCCAUCUACUCCUAUUUUUCCCUGCCCCGUUCCUUCAAACACAUGCACCGCAGGAGGGGGGAGGAGGGAAAUGCCCAGAUGCGCAUGUCCUUCAGCUCUGGCCGUUUACUGUAUGCUGCCGCCGAGGACUCUUCUUCCUCUACUAGCAGUGAUAGCCUGGGCGGACCAGGGGUACAAGAGGGUAGCGGGUAUCCAGUUCCCACCCAAACACAGCCGUUGCAGCCCGCUCCCUCUUCUGUGGACACAUCUGUGAGGACUAAGAGCCAUCUGGCCAGACCGACCCGUCUGUCUUUGGGUGGCCCAAAAGCCAGCACCUUGCCUCGUGCUCGGGAACAGCUCCCCGAGCCUAAAAGCCCUGGUGAGUACGUGAACAUUGAAUUUAGGCAACCAACUUCCCCAUUGCCACAUGGAGAUGUUGGCUCUGGUUCAGAGGAGUAUAUGAAUAUGGAUUGGAGGGCUGUCUGCCCGGCUAGUUUGGCAUCGAUGCAGCAGAGCCGGGGCAGGAUUGCCCCCACCGGUGGCAGAGACUACAUGAGCAUGCAGCUGGGCAGUGAGGGGCAGUAUGUUGUCUGUGGCCACACUCCCUCUCCUUCCCCUCCAGCCGUCCUGCUCAGCUAUGGUGACUUGAGGAUGGGACGUGGGAGACAAGAGAAAAGCCCACCACCUAUGGGGCUGCCUUCCGCCCACCCUCAGCCUCAGCUGGGUGAACUGGCCGCAGUCUUACCCCACUCCUGCUCUUCUUCCAUGAUUGGGGGCCCAGGGAUGAGCAGCGCUUUUACCCACAUCAGCCUCAGCCCUAGCCAUAGCACCCAGAGUGCCAAAGUGAUCCGAGCUGACCCACAGGGAGGCCGACGUCGUCAUAGUUCUGAAACAUUUUCUUCCUCAACCACCCCAAGCGGCGGCCUUGGAGCCUCAGCUGUACCCCAUGGACCAGGAGGGGCUCCUGAGGAUGCAAAGCGCCACAGCUCAGCCUCUUUUGAAAACGUUUGGCUGAAGCCUGCAUCUGGGGAGGUGGGGGCCACCUCCAGCCAUGGUGUCAGGAAAGAGCAGGCUGGGGGAGGUGUUGAAAAUGGGCUCAAUUACAUCGACCUGGACUUGGUGAAGGAUCUUAAUCACCGCCAACAUCACCACCGCCUUCAUCCUCAGGAGAGUACUUCUCUGCUCGGGGUCAAGCAGUCUGCAACACAGCAGCAUCAGCCACCUAAAUCUCCAAAUCAGAAUUGUGGGAGUAGCCAUUUGAGUGAUGAAUUAAGUGCAUAUGCCAGCAUUAGCUUCCACAAGUCGGAGGACAUCCAGUAGCUGGACAGGAGCCAGAGGCAAGAAUGAUGACCUACACAACCUCAGAAAAAGCCUACUUUGAACUUAUGGGUAUCCAGACUGCUUUGUGUGUCAAAGCUAGGACUUCACUUUUUCUUCCCUAGUAGAUGGGUACGAUGCAUCCAAUUCAAUUUGUUUACUUUACACAAACCUCAGGAGUUAGUUGACUGAACUGCACAUUCUUUUUUUCCCCAAUUUUUUUUGUGCCAAGCAAAAGCACUGUGACCCCUGGACGGCAAGUCUACAAUUACUUCCUCCUCUACCAUAAAGACUUAGCUGGCUACAGUGAACUCAUUGCCCACCACUGUAAGAUGGUGAAAGUGGGCGUACUACUAGCUCAUUUACAUAAUUUUUUUUAAAAAAAUUUAAUUUGCUGCUGAAAGACAUGUAUGACAAAUCAUCAGUGUAAAUUAUUACAUACAAACUGUCAAUAUUGGUUGAAGAGUAUUAAAUAUUUAACAUAGGUUUUUGAUUUAUACAUGUACUUUUUUAAUUAAAAAUGUAACAUUUCCUACAACACAUCUUUUUUGAUGUGGAACUGAGGUAUACUAUAUUCUGUUGUAAACAGAGAGGGUUAGGGUGGGGGAAACUGCUUUUAAAACAAGUUGAUUUAAGAAUAGAGUAGGGUACUAUUCUUUUUUAAGAUUGUAAUUCAGAAUAUAAUAUAAUAUGGAUCAGUGGCCCAUGGAUCUGGAUUGUACAGUCAUCUUUACUGAUACCAUCAUUUGUAAGAAAACCUUGCAGUUGAGCUGAGUUCUUUCAAAAAGAAAAUAAUUUUUUGUACUCUUCCUGUAAAACUUUAGGCUUAAAGGCAAACUUAACUGUGCAUGGUAUUUGCAAGUGUGAAUUUGAAAUUGUUGGUUGCACAGGAACUUUUUAAAAAUCAGAAAAAUAAAUCUAAGUCUUCCAUUGUAUAUAUAUAUUUGAAAAAAAAGUAGGAAGAAGCAGAAGAGAGAUGCAGAAGAAAAAGGACAAAGUCUUCAAAUCAGAAAAAUCCCUGGAAUGAAAUAUGUGGGUGUUUGUAAAUUCUGAAAUCUCUUUCUAUACAUAAUAAACUAGAUACUGUUUUAUCUUUA